AGAGACGCAGCCUUAGGUGCAGUCGUCACUCCCGUCUGGCUACCAGCUCCCCUCUGCCCAGCGCUCGGCGGGCUGGCAUCGGGCCCGGGGACAGCGGAGCAGUUUGGUGUGGCACUGUUUGUGGCGAGGAGAAAGGAAGAUGGAGAGGAGAAAACUGCACUGGAUCUAUGGAGGUCUUCCCAUAAAUCUGCAGUAGGGCUGUUUACCACUGGAAGCAAGAGAAAGAGGACUGGCCUGGCAACCACUGAGAUCUGCUUGCAUGUCUGCUGCAGGACUUGAGAUCACUGGAACCAAAGAAACAAGGAGGAAAUUUUCCCUGAUCAGUAUAGACUGGUUGUAUCACCAAGCAAGAAAAGAGAGGAGGAGGAAACUGCUUCAGAUCAUUACAGGUUCACCUCCAGUGGCAGCUGUAGUGGCCUUUGAGUGGCUGAAGACCAGUGCCCUAUCAAGCCUACACCCAGAUCUACCACUGUCUUUCCCUAGCUCGAGUGAGCCCUACUGUACCUUGUUCGUGCCUUCAACUGGGGUAUUACAUGGGCCGUGUUCAGGAAGUGGGCUGGGUGACUGCAGGACUGGUGAUCUGGGCUGGAACCUGCUACUUCAUUUACAAAUUAACCAAGGGAAGAGCCCAGAGUGUGAGGAGACUUGCCAGAAAUGGGUCCAGAGUCAAGAUGGAGACUGUGGUUGGGGUACAGAACCAGACAUUGGCCACGAGUGAAGCCAUGGCGGGGGAAGAGAUUGAGAUUAGACCCAAGGCCAAGAAUGGAGCAGAAACUGGAGCAGGAGAUGGGCCUGGGGCUGAAGUAGAGACCAAGGACACUGCUAUAGCCAUACUCAAAGCCAACUCUCAGGCCAAGGCAAUGGGUGGGACAGAGGCAGAGAUCCAGUCUGAGGCCAAAGUGAUGGCUGGAACACUGAUCAUGACAGAGGCAGUGACUCUGACUGAGGCCAAGGCUAAAGCCAAGGAAGUGGCCGUGAAAGAAGCAGUGACCCAAACUGAUGCUAAGGCUGGGAGAGUAGUCAAGAAAGAGGCAGUGACUCAGACCAAGGCUAAAGCUUGGGCACAGGCUGCCAGGGCAGAGGCCAAGAAAGAAGCAAUGACCCAGACCAAAGCUGAAGCUCAUAUAUUGGCUGAAAAAACCCCAGAGAUUAACAGAGUAAUGGCAACACACAGUGAGAUCUUGGCAGUGACCAGGGAAGUGGACAAGAUGGGGGCCAUGAACAAGACUGGAAUUGUGACUGAGACCAAGACAAGGGCUCUGGAAGAGACUGUGAGUGUGGCUAAGAUUCAGUCAGAGGCCAGGCCUGGUGCCACAGUUGAUGCUAGGGAAAAUCUCAAUGGCCUGUCCAGGGAGGUGACUGGAGUGAACGUGAAGUCCAGUACACAGUCUCAGGCUGUGACCAAGGUCCAGGGUGAUGACGUGCCUGGUACUGGGGUUGAAGACAAGGGAAAUUCCAAAACCAUGUCUACAGCAGGGUCUGGGAUAGACACGAUGGCUUCUGUUCGGCUUCAAAUCGUUGCCAAGACCCAGGAUGAGACCAUGCCUGGGGCAAGGAUUGAUGCUGGGGGUAAUACCAACGCCAUGUGUAUGGUGGGGGCAGGGGCAGAUGUGAGAGCUUGUGUACAAUCUCAGACUGUGGUCAAGAAACAGGCAGAAGCAACGUCUGGUGCCAGAGUUGAUGACAGGGGAAAUACCAAUGUCAGAUCUAAGACAAUCACUGGAGCUGACAUGAGGGCUGCUGCUCAGCCUCAAGCUGUGGCCAGUACUCAGGCUGAGGCUACGCCUGAUGUUAGGGUUAAGGGUAGAGGCAAUUCCAAUGCCUUGGCUAAAGCAGGGGCCAGGGCAAACUUGAGGGCCAGUUCCCAGGUGGAGGCCUUGCCUAAUGCCAGGGAUAAGAGCAGAGGCAAUCCUAAUGUCAUGGCUAAGGCUGGGGUUGGGACAGACAUGUUGUCAUGUACACAGUCUCAACCUGUAGCCAAUGUCCAGGCUGAUACCAUGCCUGAUGGUAGAAUUAAGGCUAAGGGCAAUACCAACACCAUGUCUAAGGAAGGAGCUGGGACAGACACAAAGACACAGGCUCAGGCUAUGGUUCAGAGCCAGGGAGAAGCCUUACCUAAUACUAGAGGUAAGACUAGGGGCAAAACUAAAUCCAAGUGUAAGGCGGGGCUUGGAACAGAUGUGAAGUCCUGUGCACAGCCUCAGGCUGGGGCCAAAGCCCAAGCUGAGGCCUUGCCUGAUUCCAUGGUUGAUGGUAGGGGUGAUCCUAAUGCUAUUUCUAGAGCAGUGGCUAAGGCAGACCAGAGGACCUGUGGUCAGCCUCAAGUUGUGGCCAAUCCCCAGGAUGAGGCCUUGCCUAUUGCCAAGAAUAGAGUUAAGGGCAAUCCCAAUGUGCCUAAGGCAGGAUCUGGGGAAGGCACAAUGGACUCUGCCCAGCCCCAGGCAGUGGCCAAUUCCCAGGGUGAAGCCUUGCUUGGUACCAAAAAUAAGGUCAGAAGCAAUCCCAAUGCAGUGUCUAAGGCAGGAGUUGGGGCAGGUACAACGGGCUCUGCCCAGCUCCAGGUUGUGGCCAAUUCCCAGGCUGAAGCCUUACCUGAUAUUAAGAAUAAGGUCAAGAACAAUUCCAAUGUUGUGUCUAAGGCGGGGGCUGGGAAAGAUAUAACGGGCUCUGCCCAGUCCCACGUUGUGGCAAAUUCCCAAGGUGAGGUCUUGCCUGGUGCCAAGAAUAAGGUCAGGGGCAGUUCCAAUGCUGUUCCUAAUGUAGGGCCUGGUCCAAAUACAACAGACUCUGCUCAGCCCCAGGCUGUGGCUAAUUCCCAGGAUGAGGCCUUGCCUGGUGCCAAGAAUAAGCUCAAGGGCAAUCACCAUGCUGUGUCUAAAGCAGAGACUGGAAUAGGUGCAAUGGACUCUGCCCAGCCCCAUGCUGUGACAAAUUCCCAGGGUGAGGCAUUGCCUGGUGUCAAGAAUAAAGUCAGGGGCAAUCGCAAGUCUGUGUCUAAAGCAGGGACUGGGGCAGAUACAACAGGUUCUUCCCAGUCUCAGGCAGUAUUCAAUUUCCAGGGGGAGAUCUUGUCUGGUGCCAAAAAUAAGGUCAAGGGCAAUCUCAAUGCUGUGUCUAAAGCAGAGCCUGAGAUGGGUAUAACAGGCUCUACCCAAUCUCAGGCAAUGGCCAAUUCCCAGAGUGAGGCCUUGCCUGUUGUCAAGAAUAAGGUCAAGGGCAAUUCCAAUGUCAUGCCGAAGACAGGAACUGGAGAAGAUACAAUGGCCUCUGCUCAGCCUCAUGUUGUGGCCAAGUCCCAGAAUGAAGCCUUGCCUGGCACCAGGAAUAAGGUAAAGGGCAAUUCCAGUGCUAUGUCUAAGACAGAGACUGGGACAGGUACAGUAGGCUCUGCCCAGCCUCAGGCUGUGACCAAUUCUCAGGGUGGAGCCUUGCCUGGUACCAAAAAUAAGGUCAAGGGCAAUCCUAAUGCUGUACCUAAAGUAGAGGCUGGGGCAGAUACAAUGAGCUUUGCCUGGCCACAGACUGUGACUGAUUCCCAGAAUGAGACCUUGCUUGGUGCCAGGAAUAAGGUCAGGGGCAAUCCUAAUGUUGUGCCUAAAGCAGGGGCUACGGCAGGUACAGGGGACUCUGCCCAGCCCCAGAUUGUGGCCAGGUCCCAGGGUGAGACUUUGCCUGGGGCAAGGGACAAGGUUAUGUUCAGUUCUGAGACAGAAGCCACAGUGGAUGGGGUCCAUGCAAAGCCUGAGGCUGAGGCCAUGCCCACUUCUGAGAGUGAGAGUGGGUCAGGUACUCAGGCUUGCAGAAAUACUCAGCCUUACAUCCAUGACUACUACUGGAAUGGCAUUGGUGUUGAGGAUUGGAUUGCUGCUGAGCGGUGGAUCAAAUUUAGGUUUCAGGCCAUGGAUGAAGACUGGGAGAAUAGCAUGUCCUGGGCUGAUGAUGAGAAUGAAGCCAGUAUUGAGUCCUGGAGUGGGGCUAGUGAUAAGGCUGGUAUUACAUCCUGGGCUGUGGCUUGUGGUGAGGCUAGCAUGAAGUCCUGGACUGGGGCAAGAGCUGAGAAUGAGGUUGAUAUUGGGUCUUGGACUGGAGUUGGGGACCAGGCCAGUGGAGGGCUCUGGGUUGGGGGUCAGGUUAGUGAAGAAUCCUGGGCUGGGGACAAGGCCAGUGGGGGAUCCUGGGCAGACAAUGAGGGCAAGGCCAUUGGAGGGUCUUGGACUGGGGCUGAGAACCAGGCCACUGGGGGUUCUUGGGUUGUUUCUGGGAAUCAGGCCAUUGGAGAGCUCUGGGCUGGAGGUCAGGCAAGUGAAGGGUCUUGGCCUGGGGGACAGGCCAGUGGGGUAUCCUGGGCUGGGGAAGAGGCCAUUGGAGGGUCCUGGACUGGGGUUGAGAGCCAGGCAAGUGGGGGAUCUUGGGCUGGGGCUGGGAAUAUAGGUAGUGUUGGGUACUGGGCUGGGACCGUGGACCAGACAAGUGGAGGGUCCUGGGCUGUAACUGGGGAUCAUUCUGGUGGUGGAUCCAAGCCUGGAUUUGAGGAUCAGUCUGGUGAAAAGGGGUCCUGGGCUAGGACUGGUGGUCAGGCCAGUGAAGGGUCCAAGUUGGGGUCUGAGGACCAGUCCAGUGGAAGGUCUUGGGCUGAUACUACAGACCAAGCCAGUGGAGGGUCCAGGCUUGGUCAUAUAGAUCAGUCCAGUGGUGGGUCCUGGGCUGACACUGAGGACUCAAAGAGGGCAGGGUCCUGGGCUGUGACAGGUGACCAGUCAGUUGGUAAGUUCAAAUCUAGACUUGAGAAUCAGACCAGUGAAGAAGGGUCUUGGGCUGUGGCUGGUGGCCAAGUUGGUGGAGGGUCCAAGUUGGGACCUGAGGAUUCAUCCAGUGGAAGGUCCUGGACUAGUUCUGGGGACCAGAUCAGUGGAGGGUUCUUGCUUGGAGUUGUGGAUCAGGCUAAUGGAGGGUCCUGGGUUGGGGCUGGGGAUCUGGUAAGUGGUGGGACAAAGCCUAUAUAUGAGGAUCAGGCCAGUGUCAAAGGGUCCUGGGCUGUUGCUGGGGACCAGGCUGGUGGAGGCUCUAUGCUGGGGCCCAGGGACCAGUCCAGUGGAGAUUCCUGGGUUGGCACUGGGAAUCAGGCCAGUGGUUGGUACUGUGUUUGCCCUGGGAGUCAGACCAAUGGAGGAGAAUCUUGGGGUGGGGCUGUUGGCCAAGACAUUGGAGUGUCUAGGCCAGGGCCCACAAGCCAGUCCAGUGGUGGGUCUUGGACUGGCACUGGGAGUCAGGUCAGUGGAGGCUCCUGGGCUGGGACUGUGGAUCAGGCUGGUGGCUGUUCCAGACCUGUAUUUGAGGAUCAGACCAUUGGAGGAGGGUUCUGGGCUGGUGCUGGGGACCAGGCCAGUGGAGGCUCCAGGCCAGAGCUUGAGGAUCAGUCUAGUGGUGGAGGUCCCUGGUGUUUGGCUGGUGGUCAGGUGGUUGGAGGGUCUAGGCCAGGACCUUCAGGCCAGUCCAGUGGUAGGUCCUGGGCUGGCACUGGGAGUCAGGUCAGUGGAGGCUCCUGGGCUGGAGCUGGGGCUGUGGAUCAGGCUGAUGACUGUUCCAAGCCUGAAUUUGAGAAUCAGGCCUGUGGGAGAGGUUCCUGGACUGGAACUGGGAAUCAGGUCAGUAGGGAAUCUUGGGCUGGAUCUAGGCCUGAGAAUGAGGCCAGUGGAGGUUCUAGACUGGGACCUGAGGACCAGGCUACUGGAGGGUCUUGGGCUAGGUCUGAGGAGCAGGUCAGUGGACAGUUCCAGGUCAGUUUUGAGAUGGAGGCUAAUGAAGAAUUCUGGUUUGGGCCUGGGGCUGAGGCUGUUAUAGGGUCUUGGUGCUGGUCAGAGGAGAAGGCUGAUAUUGUGCCCAGGCUUGAGGAUAAGGAUGAAGCCAGUACUGAAUCCAGAUCAGGGACUGGGAAAGAGUCUAUCGUUAGUUCUAGGUUUGAGACUGAGAACAAGGCCAGUAUUGGUUCCUGGAUCAGAUCUGAUGAGGCAGCUUAUAUGGGCUCCUGUGUGGGGGCUGAGGCUGGAGCUGAGACUGGAGCUGAGGCUGUAACUGAGGCUGUAGCUGAGGCUGGGGCUGAAGCUGGGGCUGAGGCCGGGGCUGAGGCCAGGUUAGGGUCUUGGUCCUGGGAUGGAAAUGCAACCACUACAAAGUCUAGGCAUGGGACUGGGGAAGAGGCUGGCAUAGGGUCCUGGACUUUGGCUAGGGAUGUAGAUGAGGAUGAGCUAAGUAGAGAGUCAAGCCCCGAUAUUGAGGAGAUAAGUUUAAGGUCCUUGUUUUGGGCUGAGAGUGAGAACAGCAAUGAGUUCAGAUCCAAGUGUAGGAAAGAUGUCAAUUUUGAGUCUGGGACUGGGGAUAAGGCUAGCAUCAAGGAUAAGUUUGAGGCUGCUGGUGAAGUUGAUAUAAGGUCUUGGUUCUGUGAGGACAAAUCUGCAUCUAAGGAUAAAGCCAAAAAAUCAGCUGAGUCAAGAGGCACAUAUCCAUCCAUGGUCCCUGGGGCAGGAAUGGGGUCAUGGGAUGGGGCCAUGAUCUGGUCGGAAACAAAGUUGCCACAUCCAAAUGAGGCCAGUUUCCUAGCUGAGGAUGAGGUCAAAAAGCAAAUGAAGUCUGGGGAGAAAAUUCGACCCUUGUCCCGCCGCUGUAAACACGACGCUAAUAUGGAUCCACGAGAUCUCGAAAAACUCAUUUGCAUGAUUGAGAUGACUGAAACUCCUUCUGUUCAUGAAAUAGCCAAUAAUGCUCUAUAUAACAGUGCUGACUUUCCUUAUCCCCACGAAGUUGUUCGCAAUGUAGGUGGAGUCUCGGUUAUCGAAAGCUUACUCAAUAAUCCUUAUCCCAACAUUAGGCAGAAGGCUUUAAAUGCACUGAAUAACAUCUCAGUGGCUGCUGAAAACCAUAGGACAGUUAAAACAUACUUAAACCAAGUAUGUGAAGACACCGUCACCUAUCCCUUGAAUUCAAAUGUACAGCUGGCUGGACUAAGAUUGAUAAAGCAUCUGACUAUUACCAGUGAAUAUCAGCAUAUGGUUACAAAUUAUAUUUCAGAAUUUCUUCGUUUGUUAGCUGUGGGAAGUGGCGAAACUAAAGAUCAUGUUUUGGGAAUGCUUUUAAAUUUCUCUAAAAAUCCAUCUAUGACAAAAGACUUGCUCAUUGCCAAUGCACCAACAUCACUGAUUAACAUUUUUAACAAGAAAGAGACAAAAGAGAAUAUUCUUAAUGCUAUCUCACUAUUUGAAAAUAUAAAUUACCAUUUUAAAAGAAGAGCAAAAACAUUUACCCAGGACAAGUUCAGUAAAAAUUCCCUUUAUUUCCUAUUCCAACGACCUAAAGCAUGUGCCAAGAAACUUCGAGCCUUAGCAGCAGAAUGCAAUGACCCUGAGGUGAAAGAAAGAGUUGAGCUAUUAAUAAGUAAACUCUGAUUGACUGUAUGUUCCCAAACAAAUUUGAGUAAUAUUUUGGUUUUGCACCCUGGGAGUAAUGCACAUUGUAAAUUGCAUUAUAACUUUGAAACUGAUGUUAUCUAUGAUGGUCUAUAGCUGUACCAUUUUAUGAACACCAAAUGAAUUCAAACUUGUACUGGAAAAACAUGUGUUGAUUUUUAUCUUGUCUGGAUUGAGAUAUUUCUGGUAUGCUUCAUGAGCAGAAACUGAACUGAUUCUUCAUAAGUAAGGUAAUCUUUGGUCCUUUGUGUGGACUUAUGUUUAUACAUUUAAGACUUUAUUUUUAUGUCAUCAAUAAAGUUGUGUCUUCUAAGCAGCAGAAAAAA